CACAAUUUUAGGAUGGUUCUAGAACGAGCAAGCUGGUUGCUAAAGGGGCGGAGUAUAAGCCACUUUAUGAAGGCAUGGAAACCUUCUAUGAUGUUUUCCAGAGAGGCAUUAAACUGUCAGGUAAUGGUCCAUUUCUGGGAACACGUUCUGGUCCAAAUCAGGAAUAUGAGUGGCUGUCUUACCAGGAUGUAUAUGACCAGUCUGUAGCACUGGGGUCAUGGAUGGUCGGUCAGGGAAUGAAGAGUGAAGACAAGACAAUUAUUGGUAUCUUCAGUCAAAAUAGAUCUGAGUGGGUAAUAACAGAGAAAGCUUGUUCAGCAUAUAGUUUUAUACCUGUGGCGUUAUAUGACACUCUAGGAGAUGAUGCUGUCACAUUCAUCAUGGAGCGAACUGAAAUGCCUCUUAUUGUGGUUGAUUUAUCAGAAAAAGUUAAUAAAUUGUUACAAAUGGUUUCAAAUGGGCAUGGCAAAAGUCUUAAAACCAUCCUUGUGAUGAACGGGUUAGACGGGGUGGAUAGAGAACUUGCAGCCAAGGUCAAGAUCAAGGUUGUUUCCUUCAAGGAGGCACUGGGAAAGGGAAAAGCUGAUCAAAGAAAUGUUCAGCCUCCAGGUCCUGAUGACACAGCAUUAAUCUGUUAUACCAGCGGAACUACAGGUAACCCAAAAGGUGUGAUUAUAACUUACAGACAGGCUCUUGCUCAAAUAUCCAUGAUUACUAUGAAUAACUCUCAUUACAGAAAAUUCAAUAAAGAUGACACUCAUUUGUCUUACCUUCCUCUAGCUCACAUGUAUGAACGUAUUGGUCAACAGUGUUUGACCAUGGAGGGAGCUAAGAUUGGAUUUUUCCGUGGGGAUGUUAAACUUUUGUUAGAUGAUUUGCAGACAUUAAAACCAACUGUCUUCUUCUCUGUACCCAGACUUAUGAACAGAAUCUAUGAUAAGGUGAUUGCAGGAGUUAAAGCCAGUAAAGUGAAACAGUUUCUGUUUAACUGGGCAAUUUCUUCCAAGGCUAAGGAACUGAAACAGUAAGUUUUCUUUUUGCAAUACAAGAUGUGUAAUUUUGUCUAUU